CCAUCUGCAAACUCUGGAGAGAGGGGAGGGAGAGAGGCGCGGGUGGCAGAGGCGCUGCUAUCCCAGCUGAGCGCCUCUCGGAUCGUGGUGUGGUGGGCAUUUCUUUUUCGCCCCUUUCCACUCGAGGCUUGCUCCCUCGUUCAAGCCUGGCCGCUGUAUGUGUGGCUGGAGCUGCGCUGCACCGCACCAAGCCCCGAUCUCUUGCUCUACCCCCUCUUUUCUUUGUAGCCCAAAGGAUUAUUUGUACCUUUCCCUUGCCUUUUGGGGGGAGGGGGCAGACUGCAAAGGACAGAGCCAUGCCCCGGAGGAGCAUCUUGGAGGUGAAGGUGCUGGACGUGCAGAAAAGGCGAACCCCCAACAAACACUAUGUGUAUAUUAUCAAAGUCACUUGGUCCAAUGGUUCCACAGAAGUCAUUUAUCGACGGUACAGCAAGUUCUUUGACCUACAGAUGCAGAUGUUGGACAAGUUCCCAAUGGAAGGAGGGCAGAAGGACCCCAAACAGAGGAUCAUCCCCUUUCUGCCAGGGAAGAUCCUUUUCCGCAGAAGCCACAUCCGGGAUGUUGCUGUCAAGCGUCUGAUCCCUAUUGAUGAAUACUGCAAGGCUCUGAUCCAGCUGCCACCCUACAUCUCUCAGUGUGAGGAGGUUCUUCAGUUCUUCGAGACGAGACCUGAAGACCUGAAUCCUCCCAAAGAGGAACCCAUUGGAAAGAAGAAGUCAGGCGGUGACUUGGCAUCGGUGGAUCCUAUGGUCCUGGAGCAGUAUGUGGUGGUGGCAGAUUACCAGAAGCAGGAGAGCUCUGAGAUCAGCUUGUGUGUGGGUCAGAUGGUGGAUAUCAUUGAGAAGAAUGAAUCAGGCUGGUGGUUUGUGAGCACAUCUGAUGAGCAAGGCUGGGUACCGGCUACAUGCCUGGAAGCUCAGGAUGGUGUCCAAGAUGAAUUCUCAAUGCAGCCUGAAGAAGUUCCUUGGCGAUACUGGUCUCUGCCCAGGCAUGUUGGCCGCCGUCGGACUCUUGGGGACUUGUAUACCAGUGGAUGGGGUCGAGAGGAGAAGUACACGGUCAUUUACCCAUACACCGCUAGAGACGAGGAUGAAAUGAAUCUAGAAAAAGGGGCUGUGGUAGAGGUGAUUCAGAAAAACCUUGAGGGCUGGUGGAAAAUCAGGUAUCAGGGGCAAGAGGGCUGGGCCCCGGCUUCCUACCUAAAGAAAGGAAGUGGAGAGAUGUUUACACAGAAACUGGGAUCUGGCUCCUCCACCCACUCGUGUUCCCUGGAUCUGGAUGGUGUUCCCCGGCAGCAGAAUUCAACAGGCCGAGAGAAGGACGGGCCCAACAACCAAAGAGAGGGGAGGUUUGAUGGCCGACCAUUACCACAGGCCGACAUUCGACGCAAGUCGCCAAAGAUGAGGCAGAGGCCCCCUCCUCGCCGAGAUCUCACUAUACCACGUGGAUUGAACCUGCCUAAACCUCCUGUCCCUCCCCAAGUGGAAGAAGAAUAUUACACCAUUGCUGACUUCCAGACCACCAUUCCCGACGGCAUCAGCUUCCAGGCAGGAAUGAAAGUAGAGGUGAUCGAGAAAAACCUGAGUGGCUGGUGGUACAUUCAGAUUGAGGAGAAGGAAGGCUGGGCCCCAGCAACCUUUAUCGAUAAAUAUAAAAAAACUAGCAAUGCUUCUAGGCCUAACUUUCUAGCACCGUUGCCUAAUGAGAUGGCCCAGGUCCCGCUUGGUGAGAUAACUGCAGAGAGCAAAACCAGCGAAGAAGCCACUGGGCCAUCCAGGCCUCUGCCUGAAGCUCCACCUAAUGGUAUGGACUGUGGAAUGAAAUGGGCCAAAGACUGGAAGGGGAAGGAGGCUAUUAAGAGUGCUCCCGCAGAGAGCAAUGAUGUAGCCGCUGGGUAUGAGGAGAUCUCUGAUCAGGAUACAGAGGAGAAGCCCAGCCUUCCCCCCAGGAAAGAAUCAAUCAUUAAAUCCGAAGGUGAGUUAAUGGAGAGGCAGAGGCCUCCACCCAAGCCCCCAGGCAUGAUUUUGCCAAUGAUCCCUCCAAAGCAGACAGCCACCCCUAGGGACAACAAGAAGCCAGAGCUGAAAACAGAAAAGGGCAAAUUGUUCCAGCUGAAAAACGAAAUGGGCUUGGAGUGUGGGCACAAGGUGUCAGCCAAGGAAGUGAAGAAACCAAACCUGCGGCCUACUGUCAAGCCAGCCAAGCCAAAAAUUGAGCCCCCAGAAGACAAGUCUGAGCCAAUGGCCCAGAAUCCCUUCUUGAAAUCAAAACCUUACAUCAGGCCGAAACCAGCUGCAGCCCCCAAGACGGACCCACCUCAGGCAGAUGAUAAACUGGACAUAUGUAAUCUAAGAAGCAAACUCAGACCUGCAAAGUCUCAAGAGAAACCCCCUGAGCAGGACGCUAUGGCUAGUGAAAAUGUCUUCAGUAAUAAUGUGCUCCCAGGAGAGGCUUCUGGCAGGCCUCAGGAGCGACUGAGCAUGGAGAACAGAUCCCCAGCCAAACAGGACAGCCAGAUCCCAAAGGAGACUGCACCCAAAGCUCCCUUUGGCCCUCCAAAGAUGGCCGAGAGCGAACCCAAGAGUGGCUCCCCACCUCUCAGAGAGCCAGCACUUCAACGGCCAGUGGUACCACCCAGAAGACCUCCUCCACCAAAGAAAGUGAUAUCUUCCUCCUCUGGCCCCACUUCAGAGCUGAAAGCCCCACAGAGGGAAGUGCCUGAAAUCAGAGCUGCCUCGGUGCCUGGCCGGCCCAUGCUGGUUCCACCAAAGGCCAAACCAUUUCUGCCUGCCGUGUGCCAAGACGAAGCCAAAGGGAAAAGCAGCUUAGGUCUAAAGGUAAUGGCCAAGCAGGUGGAGAGAGGGGAAGCCAGGGAGAGGACAGCUGCUCCCUUCACCAAUCCGGAUAUCUCCAAAGAAGCCCUCUAUGUGGCUGUGGCAGAUUUCGAAGGAGAUGAAGAGACUAGCAGCUUUAAAGAAGGGACCUUAUUUGAAGUUCGUGAGAAGAACAGCAGUGGCUGGUGGUUUUGCAAGGUUCUAACUGGGGGAUCUUGUUGGGAGGGCUGGAUUCCCUCCAAUUAUCUAAGAAAGAAGCCAUAGUCUGCCCUCAGUUUACACAGUUGAAGGUUCCUGUUCUUUCAUCUGAGUAUUUAAUUAGCCUAUUAAUUUAUAGUUUUCCAUAAUGCUGGCUUAAAAAUAUGUGGGAUACUGUACAUUCCAAUUUGUGUCAUUCCUGAGGCAGAAUUCAAGAAGCAGGCUUGACAUAAUGCAGCAAGGCCUUCACUCCUGCUCUGUCUGUUCCCCUACCCAUUCACAAGAAAUACUUUCCUCCUUUGUCCAUCUAUGGUAAACCAGCUCCUGGUGGUGGACUGUGAAGUUGUUUCUCAACAAGAUCCCGGUGUAUGUUGGCAAAUGCAAUUUCCUUCCCAUCUUAGAAAAAUUGCUGAUGCCCACUAGGCUUUUUGAAGAGUCUACGGGGAAACCAAGGAAAUUCAGCCAUUAUCCAGGUAAAGAAGCGAAGUGGAAUCUGGAAUAACAAAAGGAGUUGCUUUUCCCAGUGGCUCAGGGUCACUGUCAAAUGUCCAAAACUUAUUACCAAGUCCAGCCAUACACAGGAGCCAUAGGAAGCCAUGGGGACAAGGACAGACAGUCAUGCAAAAUCAGGUCUAUUUAGCUGUGUACAUUGAUGCAUGGCCAUGAGGGAAUGUGUUACUGUCUAGUUCGGUUUGUACAUUGCUUGCUUGCACCAUCAAACGCAGUCCUUUUACCUCUUGUUAUCUCCUCUACAAUGAUGGGUGUUCAUUUAAAUAUCAUUUACAUUUUAAAAAAAAGAUACACUCAUGGAAUGGAGGAUCCUCUGUGCUAGGCCAGGGUCCUGCUCAGCGUUCCCUCUAAGCUGCGUGGCAGCACAGCUCCGUGACUGGGUGAGGCUGAUUGGUCACCUGUGAAGCUGUGCUGCCGUGCAGCUCAGAGGGAACGCUGGUCCUGCUCAGACUUGUGCCUGACGGUGAUUCAGGCAAGCAAUGUCACAUUGCAUUCAAGUGGCUGGAGAGAACUAAGCAGCAUGUUCCACAGUGGGCUUGGCAAAGAGAACUCAAAUGAUCCUGGAAUUCCCAACACAGGCUGCACUUCAGCAUUUCAUUCAGAACUGCCCAAGGAAAUGGAUCCUUAACUCUUGUUCCCGUGAGACCUCAGGGACGGCAAUCAGCAGCUAGAAGAUGGCUGUACUAUAAAAGGUGCUGAUAUCUGGUACAAUCUGGAUUCUGAGCUUUUUCUCUGGAGAUGGAAAAGAAUGGGGGUCAGAUGUGGCUUUUCUGAUACUCAGGUGUUUCUGUUUCUCUUGGGCUUGGCUCUCUCUUGUUUUGCUUUCCUUUGGAGUGGCAGAAUAUAGUGCCUUUUGUUGAUACCUUGCUUCCCAUUUAAAGAGAUCUCCUUCCCUAACCAUGCGGGGCCUGUUAAACUCUCAAUGAAAUGAUGACCACUGUCAUCUGUUAUUCUUCCCCCCUUCCUCCGUCUGUGCCUAUGUCAGUGUGCUUGCAGGUUUCACUUAAAAUAAAGUAUGUGUUGACAUGUUCACCCUCCUACCUGCCUGGCCUAACCCCAUUAGCUUGCAUUGUUGCUGAUUUUAGAAGGAAAGUAGAUUCCAUCUGACUGGCUGUAACUCCUUCCUAUCCCCUUCUUUCCUUUUGUACUCAACUUGCUGUGGAUUCAAGGCAGUGCCUUCAAUACUACAAGAGUUUUAACUCCUACUCCUGAGGAGUACCACUGGCCAUGCCAGAAUUCCAUGCCACACCCACCCUCGAACAGUAGCAGUAAGCUUGGCAGAGGUGACUCCACCGAUACAGCUUCCUUUGUUGGACCCCGUGGAGCAUUCCAUCUACAGCACAGUCCAACAGAAGCAGACACCGGCAACCUUAUUAUGCAGCAUGACAGUCACAUCGGGGUUUUUUUUUCCCCAUGUGCACAGUCCCAUCUCCUGGACAACUAUUCAGUUAGCUCUCUCUGCCCCUGCUUUAUAAGAUUGCAGAUUGUGGGUCAUGUGGUUAUUAAUAAUCUCAUUGCUUUUGGUGCCAUGUGGUAAAUACUUUAUGAAAGGAACCAGCAAUGCAAGGUGACUUGUGCAAUAUUUGUGAUUUGGUUACACCGCCCCACCCCAGCAGAAUCAGGUAGCAAUGUAACACUACAACACUGCUCCCUCGCAUCCCUCUGCUUAGUUAAAACUCCUCUGUGUCGAUGUGGAUGUGACUGAUUAUGGGUGAAGAGUGGGCUGUGCAGCAAUAAAACCUUGUUCAGGUCGUCUUUGAGUUGUGAAGGGCUAGACAGAAUUGUGUCCCUUCACUUUCCAUUAUCUUUGGCUGCUGUCAGCUAAGAGUGUGGUUCCCAGUUCACAUCCACUUACUCACACAAGCUUGAUGAGAGCUAUUGCAAAUAGUGCAGUCAUGGUGGGCAGCGGCAGCCAUGGCAUGGCUUACCAUGCUGAAUACAUAUCUACAGGGUUCAGGUGGAUUUGUACUUGAACAAGUGAAUAUAGAAACUAUGCAUGUUUUCCCUAUGGGUAUUUCAUCUCUCCCUCUCACUCUUAGGGUAUGUCUACACUACAGAGGGUUUUUUCGGAAAAAUUCUCAUUUUUCUGGAAAAACUUCAAUUAUGUCCACACUUGAAAGAAAAUCGAAAGAACGGAGGGUUUUUUUUUCCGGUGUUGGUAAUCCUCUUUCUAUGAGGAAGAAACUUUUUUCUGAAGGAGCUCUUUCGGGAAAAGGCGUGUGUGGAUGGGGAAGAGGGAGUUCUUUCGGAAGAAGAGGAAAAAGCACAGGUGCCCUGGUGGCCACUCCAUCCAUAGUAAUUGCAGUUUAAAUGUGAGAUAGUAUCCAUUCAGUGUAGACACUGUCUUUUGAAAAAGCAGAUAGCUUUUUCUAUGUGCUUUGGUAGUGUGGACGUUCUCUUUCAGUAGAAGUUUCUUCAGAAGAUCACUUCUGGAAAAGCUUCUUCUGAAAGAACUCUGCAGUCGAGACGUAGCCUUAGACUUGAUUGUUCUUUGUUCUGUUUCAGUGAGACAAUGUCAUUUCCAUUAUUUUAUGCCCAGUUAGGUUUAUUUUUUCACCUAGACUGAAUGCUGAGACUGAGAGUAUUAACAAAUGCUUCAUAUUGUAGGACUCAAAUACAUUGGACCAACUACAGUGAUAAUUACAGGAUUGAUCUGUGGUUAUGGUAUAGGCAUCAUAUAGCUAUAAGUUAGUUAUGGGUAACUAACCCAUAGCUCUGUGAUGCUUGUGUAGUAACCACAGAUCCUCAUAACUAACCCAUAGCUAUAUGAUGCCUGUGCAGUAACCACAAAUACUUACUCACUGUACAAGUGGUGGUAACAUUUACAAGCCCUGUAAACUAGCUGGCUUAGAGAACACAAUAAUCAUCUGAUGCUCCUACCACCUAGCAUUUCCCAGAGCAGGUAUGGCACUGCCCUGUCCUUGUCAGGUUUGAAAUCAGAAAGCCUCAGAUUGGCAAAGAGGAUCCCAGUGUGGAAGAGACUGAGGACUUCUUAACACUCUCCCUUUAUCUGGAUCUCCCAACAAAACUCCUUACACAAACAGUAUGGGUUAGUGCUCAGAGCCAGGGAACAACCUUCUGGUCCUCUCCCUGUCUGUGCUACUGAAACUCAUCACAGAGAGGGCAUGUCACCUCUGUGCCUUGUUUACCUGUCUAUAAAAUGAAGAUAAUUCAACUGAACUACCAUGCUGGGGGAUUGGGAGUCUCAGUUCGCUAAUGCUUGCAAAGAGCUUUGAAAACCUAAGCCAGAAGGCACCAGAGAAGGGCAGAGUUUCUCUGGUACCUUCAUAUUAAGCUCCCCCAUUGUUACAAAGUACCUGCCUUCCAUGGAAUCCCCAGCAAUUAGCAUUUGCUGCAUAGGUGAACAAUACCAUAUUUUGUGUAUAACAAACCCGGCUUUGCAGCCCUUCAGCUCAGCAUAUCGCAGACAGGCUGGAGGCCUCAACUGCAAACCAUA